AGAAAGGUCAAGGAUCAGACGAGCACCCAUCUUCCUCAGACGUCCGAUUUCUCCAUCGCCACAUCAGCUCCAGCAUCGUCAUAUCAAAUCUACGGCCUCUUUUAUGCAUCAGCAACCAUGAAAUUCUUCGAGAAUGUCUUCACGUACGAUUAUUCCUUCCCUGCCGUCUCGCUGGCCUACUUUCUCCGAUACCCGAAUCCAUAUUCUCGCCAUGUUCUGACCACCGAUGUGAUCGACCGUUAUGUGGAUCCGAAGACGGAGCGACUUCAUACAGUUCGUCUCCAUUUGAAGAAGUCAAAGGUCCCGUCGGGCAUUCUGAAAUUACUUCCGAAAGGAAUUGGGGGCUCGGACAAUUCUGGCCAGAGUUAUAUACUUGAGACUACCGUCGUCGACAUUAAGGAAGGAUGGAUGGAAACUGAAUCGCGGAACAUGGAAUGGACGGGUAUUCUGAGUGUUGUUGAGAAACAGCUCUACACGCGCCAACCAAUUGAGGGUUCGCUCGAAAGCCUACAGGGGCUUUCACUAGAUGCUCAGAGAAACGAACAGACCCAGGUGAAAACCACGGUCACCUUCCGCUCUCGGUUGGGACAAGGAAAGUUCCUUGGGAAAAAGAAGACCAUCCCUACUGCCGAUCAGACCAUUGAGUUUGAUGAAGAGACGCCUAAAAAGGGCUUCUUCUCGUCGCUGUCCACUGCUGGAAUUCAGAGAACCAUUGAGCUCAUUGGCGUGAACCGAACCCGAGAUGCAGUGCUCAAAAGCAAGGAAGGCAUGAACAUAGUCUUGGAGCGGUUGCGGAAUGGUGGUAUAGUCGGUGUCCUUGAGGGGAUGCGGCAGGAUCGGGAAGCAGCUUUCGGACCCGAUGGUCCGUGGAAGCGUGUCUGGCUUAGAGGGAAUGGCCUCAAAGAGCGAACCUUUACGGAUGAUGACGACAACUGAUUGACACAUGUGUAGGAUUAGCCACGGGGCAACUUCUUUUCUUGCAGCAUUCGAGCGUGGGGUUUCGGCGUUUGGGACCUGUCCAAUUUUGGAAACUCUCCUAUAUGUUUGACUUGCUUUACUGUCAUCUUCAUCCCAAUAUUCUUGUCAUCCAACUGAAGUUUUCACAUGAUGAAAAUUGACGAACUAAACAUCAAUGUAUAUUAGCUGGCCAUACGGCAAAUGUGGUGACCUUAUUCGAUUCGCAAUAGGCACCUGUUGUACAAUAUAUCUGCGUCUCACUCUUUAUUUUUUUCAGUCAUCUUUCACAUACGUCCAGUUAUUCUAAGAUUCAAG